AUGCCAAUUACAAGAUGGAUCAAGCAGACCUUUGGGCUCGUGUUGAUGUACAGGAUAAUAAGAUCGCUUCGCAAGAUAUCAAGAUCGCUUCGCUGGAGGACCGCCACGUUUAAAGGAGAUAAGCUGGCCAACGUGACCGACGGAGCGGGCAACGCAUGGGCUCACGGAGGCGAUGCUGUUGUCGAUGCCUCGUUGUACAGAGGCUCAGAGAGGAGGCGAGACCCCUCUGCUUAUGAAAGACUUUACGGGAUGGACCCUUUGAGAGUGCUAUCGAUUAACCAUAAAUCAACCAUUGACGCGUUGAACCUUCACGCCUGGGUAAUCGUUUCUAAGCAUAAAAUUGGUACUACAACAUUUUAUACAGGGUUUGGGGAGUUUAUCAAACUCUUUCAAGAGUCAGACUACGACGAAAGCUAUUUGGAUGACGGUGGGACUACUGGAGUGACUCGUGCGUACUGGUCAUUUUUACGAUGUGCGAAAGAUGAGGUUAGGGAUGUUGAGACUGUGGAAGAAGAGGUUUUUACGUCCUCUUAUACUGUGAAUAAAGGGGGCGUAGCCUCAACUGAGCGGUAG